AUGUCCUCGGGGCCAACUCCACCCCAACUGAGCCAAUCACCAUUCGGUCACUUCUCGUACCUCUUCCAGCAACAGCAUCAUCCGCAUUCGCACCAUCCUCAUCAAACCCCGUUCACCGUACAGCGUCAAGGCUUCAAAUUGAAACGCCAGCGGCAGCGAGUUGACGCCGGUGAGCCAAGGAACAGCUAUCAACAACAAGGCAAAGGAUUUCGCGACGACAUGGCAUCGGAUGCGAUGAGUGCACUGUUCCCUUGGAUGAAUCAAACAACUGAUCUCGACUUCGUUAAGGAGGACCAACCAACUGACCUUAGUUGUAAGGAUAACGAGGUGAGGAUAACCUCUACUUUUCAGAUAUUUGUUUUGGUUCUAUGGAGGGUUGAGAAAUUUAGUCGCAAGCGAAGUUCGAAGAAGUUUUUUUCCUACCAUGUAAUUGAAAAAUAGUA